AUGACUGAGAAUCAGAAAUGGAACAAGAAAAUACGGAGUGUAACCUUUGUCAAGCUGUCUUCUAGGGGUGAAAAAGACAGCACAGCGAAGGCUCGCACGCAAGCCUAA